CUGUCACCAUGGCAAUGGAAUGGAACUUUUUUUUUUCGUCAUCUGUUUCUGUCAGUUAUGAUUGGUCCCCUGGGGUUUCCCAGAAGUCUAGCUGAGUGGCUGGUGCCCCAACAGAGCAAGCAGAAGUUUGGUAGGAAGUUGAAGACAAUGUGAGAUGAGCGGAGAUCAGGUAUGGUACUAUACGCUCAGAGACGCAACAUGAUUUGGACGCUGCUUUCUGUGGGUUUUUGUGUCUGUCACGUCCUUGCUGAAUCAACACUAUCUUCCUUAUUCAAUGUGAAUAACACCAUGGCAACCCCAGGAGUAAACAAACAUCCGUACAGUCAGAUCAGUACGGUGACAGAAGCUUCUGCUACAUCAGUGGUCAGUGACACAACAACAGCGCAAACAAAUACAACAACCACAAAGACAUUAACAGCAGAUACCAACAGGACGCUCACAGCAGACAAAGUGGACCUCACUGAGGGAACAACAGCAGAUCCAUUGGUUGAAAACACAGACAUUUCAAAAACAACUCUUGGACUGACAACAAACAGUAAGCCCAACACGCCGAAGACCGACCCUUAUGUUUUGGCUGCCGUUACAACCCCCGGACCAUCGAUCCAACAGCAGGCGACAGCCUCUUACACCUCCACCGAGGAGCACAUUGCCACUCAGAGCACAGGAGCAGGCUCAACCACAGCACAGCGGCACACAGGCCCCCAGCCCACACCAGGCCCCUCUCCGCUGGGGCUAGAGGUGACCCAGGGCCAUCUGGAGGCCACAGCCAGCUCACAGCCAGCCUCCCCUGAGCCAGACCGGGGCAUCACGGAGGGACGGACGGAUUCGGCUCCAUCCGAGCAGACGACGAUAAUCGAUCGGAGUGUAAACCACACUUUGCCCAGUGAGGCGGCUCUGACUCAAGGCUUGGGCCACACCCACCCGUCUGUGUCUCAGACGGAGAACUCAACGCAGGCUGGGUCAGAGAGCACGGAGAGCGAGCUACGCACAGACAGCAUGACAACACAGAGCACAAGGAGUUAUGAUGCAAAUGCAAACAUGACCUCAAGAGUCCAUCUCCAACUAACCACUGAUGGAGUCACACGCACCACCACCACCACCACCACACCCAACAGCACGAUAUUCAUCAGCCUCAGAACAGGAGCGGCGACUGCGGGUCCUUCCGCUGCCCCGCACGCUCCCACGGACUUUGCGACGGACACGUCCAACACCAGCCUGCCCGUCAUCAACAGCACUUCAGCAUCGGACAUCUCCAUUCAGCUGCGCACCGUGACGACCACCACCACCACCACGGUGAAGAUGACCACAGGAGGAGGCCUGAGGCCGGAGGAUUUGCUGACCGAAACCAAAACAAACAUCUCGGGAUGCACUGAGGGAAGGCCCACUCACAGGCUGACCUGCUUCCUCAUCAUCUGGGGCCUGGCCCUGGUCGCGUCCUUCUUCCUGGGCCUCAGCAUCUUCCUGUGGGUCCGUCUGUCCGCCGUGAGGAGGAGGAGCGGGCGCCGGGAGACGGACACGCGGAGAGGAGGGGCAGGAGGCGCGCAGAGAGGAGCCACCGCCGUGGAGGAGAAGGGGAGCCUGUGGGCCAACCCGCGGGCCAGCGUCGAGGAGAGGGUGGAGUUCUGGUACCACAACGGCACCAUGACCAACAGCAGCGACCGACGCAGAGGGCCGUGCGAGGAGCGAAGAAGGAGCGACAGAAAAGGGGGGAAGAUGAACGGAGGCCUGUGGAAUCAGCCUAAAGUGACUAUGUCCGACAUCACAGAGUUCUGGUACGGGAGGGAGAGGCCGACGGGGACGAUACUGGAGGAGGAGGAGGCCUAGGGAGCAAAACGAGGACACGAGAGAGAGACUGGACCAUUAAGGCUGAGCCUUACAAUUCUCUCACUGUUCUAUCUGUAAGGCAAACGUAUUUGUAGAUUAAUGGAAGAUAUUUGUUAUUCGUCGGCUCUAUGUUUUGUCUUGCAGAGUAAAUGUUUUAUAUUCCA